UCCAACAAUGUCCUUUUGAGUCUCUCCUUAGUCUCCUAAGAAAAUGGCUUUCUCUAAGGCCUUUUUACUCCAGGGCCUUCUCUUUGCUGUUCUUCUCAUCCUCUCUAAGGUUUCAGGAAGAGAGCUAGCUGAGGCUGCUCAAACCCUGACAGAAGGAAGUGUAGAAGAAGCUAAGAACUGGGGGCAUGGAUAUGGACACGGGCGCUGGGGAUUUGGAUAUGGACACGAGCACUGGGGAUUUGGACAUGGACAAGGCCACUGGGGAUUUGGACAUGGACACGGCCACCGGCGACAUGGACACGGGCAUGGCCAUUGGGGACACGGACACGAAGGCAUACCCGGACACAAUGGUGCUGGUGGGAAAGUGGAUUUUAGCAUAUUAGCCUAUUUUCUUUUUAUUAUUUUUCAUUUUUGUUAAUACCUAUAGUUGGUUAGGUGUUUGUUUUUUUAGAUGAGCUUUACAGCUCCAUUUGCGUGAACUUCUGUGAGGUAAAGCUCUUUAGCUCCUCUGUUUUCUAUCCCUGUACAACAAUCAAUCAAGGAAAGAGAAUCAGUCAAUUUCUCUCCAUUUUCCCUUGUAAUAGUGGAGAAGGAAACCGA